AGUCUGCGGUCUGUCGUUGAAGGGAAGUGUGUCAGUGAGUCUUUGUGCUUGGAUAAACAGAAACGUGUUAUGAACUCUACCAGUAUUAUAACUUACGUAUUGCUUAUAUUGUCCACUGGUUUAAAAAGUGAUCCGAUUAUGGUUUAUUUCGUCUCUGGUGGAAAAUAUUAACAUCAAUUUUUAGCACAUUUUGAGUCGGUUUCGUGGAUACAUCUUAGUUGAAGGUUAGAUAGAAUAGUUUUUUUGUGGAUUGUGUGUUUUGUGUUGUAUUACUGAUUGAUCGAGAAGAUCGCAUGGUGGAUGCUUGUUGCGAUUUUGGAGGAAUUUGGCAUUCAACACGCCCCCACCGAAGCGAGAGGGAUCGGGGGAGCUGGUGGUGGGGCUGUGGGGGCAACCCCCCUCCCCCUCAGACAAGGUGACCAUGAUACGGCAGUCGAGUCUGACCAGACUGGGGGUAAUGAUUAACACAGCAGUCAACAAACGCUCCAGUCACUCCGGUAAUGGUGAUAUUCAGUGGUGUUUUUCACAGGUGAAAGGGACGCUUGAUGAUGAUGUUACUGAAGCUGAUCCUUGCUCCCCUCCUACUGAUGCUCCUGAGAUUACCCACAUAUUAAUUCCUGACCAGGUCAAGACUUAUGAAGGCAGUUAUUUUGGAAAUGCGGACAUCAUUUCUUGUGUAGAAUUCAACCACGAUGGAGACUUGUUGGCCACUGGUGACAAAGGGGGCAGAGUUGUUAUUUUUCAAAGAGACCCAAUUAGUAAAAAUUGCAUUCCAAGACGGGGAGAAUACAACGUAUACUCCACGUUCCAGAGUCAUGAACCUGAGUUUGACUACCUUAAAAGUUUGGAGAUAGAAGAAAAGAUUAACAAGAUUAGAUGGUUGAAGCGUAAAAACCAAGCUCACUUUCUACUUUCAACUAAUGAUAAAACAAUAAAAUUAUGGAAAGUAUCAGAGCGAGACAAGAGGGUGGAGGGUUAUAACACCAAAGAAGAGAAUGGACAAACUAGGGACCCUUCAUGUAUUACUGCACUGAGGGUACCUAUAAUAAAACCAAUGGAACUGAUGGUAGAAGCAUCGCCAAGACGGAUAUUUGCCAACGCACACACAUACCACAUCAAUUCCAUCAGCGUUAACUCGGACCAGGAGACGUACCUGUCAGCAGAUGACCUGCGGAUAAACCUGUGGCAUCUGGAGAUCACCGACCAGAGCUUUAACAUUGUGGACAUUAAGCCCAGCAACAUGGAAGAGCUGACGGAAGUGAUCACGGCCGCAGAAUUCCAUCCACUCGAAUGUAAUCUGUUUGUCUACAGCAGCAGCAAAGGAACAAUUAGGCUGUGUGAUAUGAGACAGGCGGCGUUGUGCGAUAGACAUUCUAAAUUAUUCGAAGAACCCGAAGAUCCGACAAAUCGCAGCUUCUUCUCUGAGAUAAUCUCGAGCAUCUCAGAUGUGAAGGUGUCGAAUUCGGGCCGGUAUAUGAUCUCCAGAGACUACCUGUCGGUUAAGGUGUGGGAUCUGCACAUGGAGACUAAGCCGAUCGAGUCGUAUCCUGUGCACGAGUACCUGCGGUCUAAGCUAUGCUCGCUCUAUGAGAACGACUGCAUCUUUGACAAGUUUGAGUGCUGUUGGAGUGGUAAUGACUCGUGCAUCAUGACUGGUUCCUACAACAACUUCUUCCGAAUGUUUGACAGGGUCAACAAACGCGACGCUACUCUCGAAGCGGCCAAGGAGAUAGCCAAGCCCAAGACUGUUUUGAAGCCCAGGAAGGUUUGUACGGGAGGCAAGCGGAAAAAGGAUGAAAUCAGUGUGGACUGUCUAGAUUUUAACAAGAAGAUACUGCACACAGCGUGGCACCCCUCAGAGAACAUCAUCGCAGUGGCGGCGACAAACAACCUGUUCCUGCUACAGGACAAGUUGUAGCCCUCGGCACUCACCUGCCUCCCCCUGCCUCUGGGGUGAGUGGCACAACGCGGCGUGGGCAGUGUCGAAAUGGGAGGAGUUGGAUGCGCGCAUAGCGCGAAGCCUUAAGAAAUACACUCUUUGGUGACGUUUGGGCUUCCAGUGCCAUGUGGUGCGCAGCACGUUCAUCUGUGUGGUAUCUAGAGAUUAGCUUGUUUUGUGCCUUAGUUUGACAAAUAAAAAGGAGCUAAUCUAUCCCUUCACUUCUUGUAGCAAAGUGUCUUUUUAUAUUUAGCCGAGCUUUAAUUGUCACUGUGUAACGCAUAUUUAUACCUCGAUGUUUAGAAACGUGUAUAUUAUUGGUGGUGUUGAGUUUUAAUGGUAUAUACACCUGUGUAAAAUGCAGCUAGUCUGUAAAUUGAGUUCCUUUACUUUAAAUUAAAACUUGUAUCAUUUAGUAAUAUUCUACUAUUUCAAUUUUUAUUUCUAAAAUACAGUAUCUAUAAUAUAUUUAAAAGGUAUUUUUAUACAUUGUAUUUUUAUGUGAAAUGUAAUUUUGUAUACUUGUGUUACGCACAACCGAUAUCCCUCUGUUAGAAUUUAGUGUUAACUUAGCUCGGAUACCACACAGAUCAGACCGUGAUCGCGCCUCAGAUAGAACAAAUUCAGAGAAUCAAAAUGACUCACAUAAGUGGUGUGUGAAGAACGAUUGUUUGACUUAAACAGUGACUUCAAUCUGAUCGAAACAUUGUCGUUGUUGAUUAUUAUAUAAUUGCGAACUUAAAGUUGGAAAUUUCAUUUUUUAGGUUUACGUGCAUCACAGAUGUAUAUUUAUAGUUUAUUUUAUAAUAUAUAUUUUGCUAGGAAACGAAUUAAACCUGUGAAUGCUUUGUAUAUUUCAUUUUAGACAUAAGUAUUGUCCAGGCUUCAUGAUCACAAUGUAUUGGAUUUUAAUGUAAAUUAUUACUUUUGUAGUUGUUAUUUAAAUAAAUAAAUCAGUAUAUUAAAAAAACUUGUAGAAGCAUACUUAUUAUGCAAUAGGUUUGUUUUAGUGCAUUAAAAUUAAUAAAUUAAAAAUGAAACAAAUGAUGGUUUUUUUGUAAAAUGUUCAGUGGUGUCCAGUUCAUUCCUGUAUUUUAUCCUUAAUUUGUCAUUUGUCUCGGAAUAGGAUUUUAAUUUAUAUUUUAUUAAAAUGUAAGGAUUAUUAUUAAUUUCCUAUCUAGACAUGAUCCGAAAUUGAUAUUUGCUAGCAAUAAGAUGGCAAUAAGAAGAUGAAAUGGAAGACACAGAUGCCAAAUAUUAUCUUCCAAUGUGAUUUCUAUUUUAAGCUUAAUUGAAUUUACUUAAAAUCUAAAUGUUUAUAAGUUUGUUUUGUUACUAUAUCUGACUUAACAACAACGUUGAAUUACACAAACCUUUUAAAUAGGUUUUAUCCAGAUUAUGUGUAUCUGCUAUGAUAUUCCAGAUACCUGGACUAGUAUUGGUGUUAAAUUGAUUUUGUUUUGGUAACUGUAAAAAACCCACAGUUGUUUAAAAGUAUAAAUAUGAACUAAGAUGCUUACUGAUCGAACUAACAUAAUCGUAGCGUAAAAUUGCUCAAAAACUUAAUGUUAAUUUUUUACUACCCAUGUUACUUAGUCGUAUUUAAAAGAUAUUGUUUAUUUAGGUGUGUAAAUAUGUAAGUAAUAUUGUUUAAACUUAAUUUAUAGAUUUAAGUGUAGACAGUCAUCCCAAAAACUUGUAAAAACUCAAAAAAGCUCAAAGUUAAUUGUUACUUGUUGAAAUAUACUGUUAUUAGCAUUUAAUGAUUUGAUGUUUCAGUAAUGUGUAUGAAGUAAUUGAUUUAUUUAUAAAAAUUAAAAGAAUAGUCACAUAGAAAAGUCUAUGUAAACAUAACAUAUUUAAAAGAAUUAAGUUUCUUUUCAUUGUAUGGGACUUAUUUUUAAAAGUAAUUAGGAAACUUACUAUUUACAUUUUUAACUAGCUGUAUUUGUGAUAUAAAACAAUAUUAACACAGCACAAAAUACAGCCAGCAUAGGUAAAAACAUAUAUGCUAAAAUAAUUAAAAUAUAAACAGUUUUGUUAGUUUUUUAACACACUGUUUGAUGUAUAUAAUUCAACCCAGUUACAUUUUUAUUGACAGCUAAUUAAUAGUGUAGUUAAAAUAGCUGCCGAUAUUAUUGUUUCUGCAUGUAUAUUUUCUUUGUAUAGACUAACACUACAUUGUGGUCAUGAAUAGCAUAACAUGUUUUUAGACAAUUCUUUUGUUGUAUUUUUUCUAAACGUUUAAAAUAGAAAUUGAUGAACAAAGUUUAUUAUUUUAACUACUCUAAAAUAUUUUUAAGAUCUCAUUUGAAGUGCUAAUAUAUUUUUAUAUAAUUUUGAAAAUGAAUUAGUUACCUUCUUAAUUUUUAUUACAUUGAUGGUGCUAAAGAAGCAUUAUUACAAAGCAAACAAACUCGCUUUAGCUUCUUGCCAUUACCAAUUGAUCAGACGUUUAAAAAUUCCAAAUGUAUACUCGUCUUGCUGCACUCUGAUACUGGCAUUCUGGAUAUAACUAAAAUUCCAUAGGAAAAAUUAUUGAAGUUAUUUUUAUCAAUAAAAGAAGUAAAUAUA